UAACGGUUCAAGACUCUUAAAGUUACACCUCACUGCUGCGCCUCUGCAGAACAAGCCUGCGUGGCUGAAGCCCCACAGACGUGUUUGGAAAGGAUGCUGACAGAGGCAAAUCAGAUCUCUGGGCAAGGAACACACGCAGUUAAAGGUUCCAUUUCGCUCGUCUUGAGCAAUUCCUAACCUCUUCCGCUAUUGGCAAUGUAAUGUCGCAAAUGAAAGCACUGCAUUAGUUAUUGUCCACAGUGCACUCUUUAGUCAUUUGCCUGUCAGUCCUACUUGCUAGUCUCCAAUAGAACAUUUCACAGGUGAAUGAAAGGGACAGAAACACAAUGUACCAAGUAGUACCUGGAGGAGCAGGAGGCACUAUUACGGAUGGAGUGCCUAUUAAGAAAAUAAACAAGGAAAGCCGUCCACUAGUAGGUGCUGGAGUUCUGGGGCUGGUGCUGGUUAUAGCUGCAGUGACAGCAUGGUGUUAUUACAUUGCCUCGCUCCGCAAAGCUGAUCUGUUGAAGACAGAGUUGUUGGAUCUCAAUAAGGAUGGCUUCCUCAUCCGCAACCAGGCUGGGGGGAUCGUGUUCAAGAUGGCUUUCAGAUCUGGAACGCUUGAUCUGGACUCGUGUUCCAAAGAGGGUGUGAUCCUGCGCUGUUCACGCUCCUACGCCGGGAGAGUAAAUUUCUUCAUCAUGACGGUGAAGCCUAAAGAGACAGUGAUGUGUUACCGUGUGCGCUGGGAGGAGCUGGAGUCGGACCGGCCUGUAGAGCACGCCAUGGCCUACAACGAGUCACACUGGUACGGAGGGGCUGAGACUGCUGUGCAGCACUGGCCUAUUGCCAUCUCAGGCCAGCAGGCACCCAAGCCCUUUGUCACCAGCGAUGUUUAUUCCAACCGCCACGACUUUGGCGGCAUUCUAGAGCGCUACUGGCUGUCGUCCAAUGCGACUGCCAUCAAGAUCAAUGACUCUGUGCCCUUCCACCUGGGCUGGAACGAUACAGAGAAGACUUUGUACUUCCAGGCGCGAUAUCAGGACAGCCCGUACAAGCCCCUGCCGGGGAUGCCACCAUAUGCUGAACUUAGCUACCGCGUGUGUGUGGGACCAGAUGUGACCUCCAUCCACAAGGUCAUGGUACGCAGGUACUUUCCCAAGCCCAACAAAGUUCCCUUAGAAGCAGUGUUCCGCUACCCUAUAUGGUCCACCUGGGCUUUAUACAAAACAGACAUCAACCAGGAGAAGCUUUUAAGUUAUGCGGCAAACAUCCGAAAAUAUAGUUUUAACUGUAGUCACAUAGAGUUGGAUGACCGCUAUACCAGUCGAUAUGGGGAGUUUGAAUUUGACCCUGUUAAAUUUCCCAAUGUUUCUGGCAUGUUCCAGAAACUAAAAGCAGAUGGCUUUCUGGUGUCUUUAUGGACGAACCCUUUUGUAAACUAUGACUCUGCGAACUUUGGGCUAUGUGUCCAGAAGGGCCUUUUUGUAAUGGAGCCUACUGGCCAGCUUCCUGCACUGGUGCGUUGGUGGAACGGCAUUGGUGGCAUCUUAGACUUUACUAACCCAGAAGCUCGGAACUGGUUCACCUCGCAUCUCCGAGCUCUCCGCUCCAAAUAUGGUAUAUCUUCCUUCAAGCUGGAUGCCGGAGAGACCAACUACCUCCCCUGGCAGUUCAGAACACGUGCUCAUCUCCCAGACCCCAGCACUUUCACCCGCCGCUAUACUGAAAUGGCCAUUCCCUUCAAUGAGCGUGCAGAGCUUCGCUCAGGCUACGGCUCCCAGAACAUCUCCUGUUUCUUCCGUCUCAUUGACCGUGACUCUGUUUGGGGUUAUGAGCUCGGCCUCAAGUCCAUCAUCCCUACCGUUCUCACCAUUAGCAUUUUGGGCUACCAGUUCAUCCUGCCAGAUAUGAUUGGAGGUAAUGCGUAUCCCAACCGCACAUAUGGGAAUGGCAAGCUUCCGGACCGUGAGCUCUACAUCCGCUGGCUGGAGCUGUCUGCUUUCAUGCCGUCCAUGCAGUUCUCCAUUCCACCAUGGGAAUAUGACGCUGAGGUGGUGGCCAUCGCCCAGCGCUUCACUGCCCUCCAUGAGACCCUGGUGGCACCCAGAGUUUUGGAGCUAGCAGGGGAGGUGCUAAAUACCGGUGACCCCAUAAUCCGUCCCUUAUGGUGGAUAGCCACCGGCGACGAGACUGCCUAUAGAGUAGACUCGCAGUUCCUAAUAGGAGAUGACCUGAUGGUGGCACCAGUGCUGGAACCAGGCAAGCAAGAGAGGGAUAUCUACCUGCCAGCGGGUCACUGGAGGAGCUAUAAGGGAGAGCGCUAUGAAAAUAAAGAGCCUAUGCAUCUCACUGAUUAUCCUGUGGAUCUUGAUGAGAUUGCAUAUUUUCUUUGGAUUCAGUGAUGCCGUUUUGAGGACAGACAAAGCUUUUUUGUUGCUAACUUUUUUCAGGGAAUAAGCAUUACAUGCUUUGCAACAUCACAUAUGGCUGAGUUGUCGGGUGUAAAGAUAUCUGCAUGAAUUUGGGAGUACAGAAGCAAGCAUCUAAUUUCUUUUGUGUUAUAUUUAAGCUAAGAGCAAGUAAUGCAAAUGAAAGCCGGUUGUGUUCUCUUUUGCCUUAUUUGUUUCCUGUUAUGGCGGUAAAUGUGCAAAUAACUCAUGCGCAGACCUAACCAUGUGCCUUACAUUUCUGAAUGUACAUACCAGAUGCCAUAUUUGGGAGCUUCCAACUUAAACAAAGCCUAGCUAGCGCGCACAUUGCAGGGUAAACUUGGGCUGCACAUUUAAGAACAUUUUGGGUCAAUGUCCAUAAUGAAUAUUAUUUGUCUGUUACUGCAGCCAUCAGUAUGAAUUCCGAUUUUUUAUGCGUUAAAUCUACAGCAAAACAUUGACAGUUGAUUUACUGUGAAAAUAAACAGUAUGACCUCUUUGCACAUAACCUUCGUUGAUGGUAUCAGUAAUACAGUUGUAUUACAAAGUCAAAAGCAUGUAUACUUAUUGGGAGAAUAAGCUAAUUAAUGCAUUAUUGUAUCCGCCCAAAAUUCUUAUAUAGAACCAGUGCUAAUGUAAAGAUAUGCAUGUCUGAAGGGCUAUGUCAAUUUAGUAAGCAUUUAUAAUAUUUAGCGCUUCUAUCAGCACACACUAGCAUCUCUGCUUCUUGAAAAAGGGACAAAAAAUGUUAAUAUGUUAUUGCACUAAAGCUACACUCUGUUUGCUUAGAAUGCAUUUGGACAGUAGUUUCUGUAAUUAAUAAAUGAAAGGUUAUUCUGUAUACAGUA